AUGCAAAGGCGCUUCCUUUCGUCGGUUUCAGGCACAAGUAAAACCCUAAAUCAUCGGAGAUGGAAUGUGAAGCAGGUGAAAAACUCCAACUUUAGCUCCGCCCUUGAUGAGAUUCGCACUUCAAUCGAUUCAUCGGACUUCGUAGCUCUCUCGCUACAGAACACCGGCUCCUACGCCGCCGCGUGGCACCGUGUAUCCGCCAUUGACACCCCGGAGACGAGUUACUUGAAAGCUAAAUACGCCGCCGAACGCUACCAGAUCUUCCAGUUCGCUCUCUGCCCAUUCUCCCUUCGCGGCUCCAAACUCACCGUUCACCCAUAUAACUUCCAUUUGUUUCCAAGAGAUGAAUUGAAGUUAGGAAUGCCUUCUUAUAGCUUCUCUUGCCAAGCUUCCCGUUUAACGGCCAUGGCUAGAGAAGGAUUUGAUUUCAAUACCUGCAUCUAUCAAGGAAUUUCAUACUUAUCAAGAACACAAGAAUCUGCAUCCAAGUUUCUCUCAGGGAAUCCGAUUUUAGCUGAUGCCAUCACUGUGCCUUCUUCUCCAGCGACUGUAGCUGAUACUGUCUUCGUAGGAAGGAUUAGGUCACGCGUCAAGAAUUGGAGACAAUCUUGUUUAGAUACGACAUCAAAGACAGAAGAUGAUGAUUUGGUGAGCUCUCUGAGGAAACUGGUGCUUGGGAGUGAGCAGUAUGGUUCAAGGCUAUGCUUGACUAUUGAUGUUUGCAGUGAGCGUCAAGUGCAACUCAUCCUAGAGAUGUUGACAGAGUUCUCUGACGAUGUUGUGCCUCUACUCAUUGCUUCAAAGAGCAGAGGAACACAAGCAGUUCGUGCUGUCUUCAUGAGUUCGAAGGAGGACAUGGAUCUCUUUAAGAAAGAGCUUCAAAAUCUUGAAAACGAAGAAAACAGGCGAGUUCGUGGCUUCCGAGAAGUGAUCGAUUUGAUUUCUUCUUCACAGAAACCUGUUGUUUCACAGAACUACCUUAGCGAUUUCACUUCCAUUCAUGCUAAAUUUUUGGGUCCUCUACCUUCGAAUGUCGAUGACUUCAGCAGUUCACUGAGCUCAGCUUUUCCCGAUGUUGUGGAUCUCAGUCAGUUCAUGAAAGAAAUUAGUCCCUUAAGUAAUAUAAGCAAUCUACCAGCAGCUAUGUCCUCCUUAAAUCGGUUCUUUGCACCUGUGGAUGUGGAAGUGGCAAAUCAAGGCUGUCCGAUCAAAUUAAACGAGGACCAUCAGAGUCAUGGACAGAAUGCUGUGAUGAUAUCUCAGCUUUUUGCAAAACUAUGUACCAUACAGAAAUCAGAUCCAUCAUCUGUCCAAUCAAAUGAAGAUUUCCAACCUUUGGCGUCCGAUGAAUAUGCAAGUUCUGUCACCUCUUGCGCUAGAAACGCAGGCGAUGAAAAUGUUAAAAUCUGGUCAAAGAACAGCCGAAGAGUAAGCUCUGAUAAUUUGGUGUUGAUAUGGGGAUUGGGGAAAAAGAUGACAGCUGCAAUGCUGAAGAAUGCUCUACAACAGGCACCCCCCGUUUUCGUGCAGGAGUUUGAUGUUAAAUUUUUAGACAGAAGCUGUGCAAUUUUGGUAUUUUGGGAGUCAGGUUCCUCAGAAACUUUCCUCACAGCGGUUAACAAUGAAGAGCAACUCGGUGAGUCCUUAAGAGAGAUGGUUGCAGAAGGGCUAAGAGUGGCAGGUUAUGAUACUUACAAGAGAGCAUGUAGAUUAGGUUUCUGGGAGGCUGACUUGGCGGAUUCUUUAGAGAAAACAUUAGAAUCUUCUGAUACUGAAUCUGAUUCAGACACCAAACCGUCAGAGAUUGAUUGGACAAGUGAAUUAGCUAUCAAUUUUGAUGAGCUAUGA